GGCCAUUGUCAUCUCUUUAGGUCUUCCGAUCAAGCUAACAAUGAACCUAGUUCUGUCAAGACAAAUCGUUACCAUGGAUGCGGAAGCUUAUUGUUCUUAGUUGACAUCGGAGGAAGUACGAUGGUGUAUGGGGUGAAUGCACAGCGACAGUUAUCAUUCAGCUGCCGUGCCAAUGUCCCAAGUUCUUAAGUAAGGUGGCAGGAUGGCAUACACCGUGCGCGAUGUCUAUCCCUUCCAUUGCUGUUCCGACGUUAACUAUGGACAAUCUGGGGAAAUCUGACGCGUUGGUCAUCAUGUCUUCUCCGCUGCUGAAUCUGCCUGUAGAGAUACGCCUUGCCAUCUACCAACUUAUCCUCAAUGAACAUCGCCGAGUGCGACGAUUCAAGCAGCCAUCGAAUGCUCACGUACAACUCCUACGAGCUUGCAAGCAAAUCUACGUGGAGACGGAAUGCAUAUUUCGCCGCUACGUCUCGCUCCGCAACGAGCUCGAGAUAGAGCGAUUUCUUGCUCAAACUAGCUGGGAUCCUAGGCUGGUCGUAUUUGCAGACGUUGCAAACGACGGUCGCAUGGUCGAAAGUCGCAAGACCCACGACUACGACAAGCAAAAGCUGCCUGUCUCUCGGCUUUACUUGGUACUGAGAAGGAUGACAUCCUUGAAGCAUCUGCGAGCCUUUAGUGCUCGUAAUUAUCACCCAUACACGGCUGCUGGGCCGCAUUUGCGCUAUUACUUGGAUUUCGAAGGCUCUAUGUUCCCAUCUAUCGGUUCAUCCAAAGAACCUCCUCCCUUGUCAACGUAUGAGCUACACUUGGAUCGUACGACGAGGGUUUUCCCCUUCCAGGGCGUAAAUCCCCAGCAGAUUUCUGAUUUGCGACUCUCCGGCGAUUGUCAUCUCCAGACCAGAACGUCUUUCCCAUCCUUGCGACGCCUCAACUUAUUCGGAAUAACCAGCCAUUCAUUUGAUCAUGUCCAGUUCGACGAACAUUUCUCCAGCUCGUAUCUCAACGAAUUCAACUAUGCCCAAGGGGACCGCUUAGCCUUUGAGAUGCGAGACGUUCAUCUACGUUCGCUGUGUGCAGGUCCGGGAAGGGGUUUACAAAAGCUGGUUCUUCUGGGUGCUAAUAGACUAGCUAGUGCUGACAUAUCCGCUUGCCUCCGCUGUCUGCCUGCUCUGCGCUACUUCGC